AUGGACAAGUCUUGGAUUUCAAAAGAUAGGGAUUCUUUAGAAUAUGAAGUGGGGGUUGAAUCUUUCUUGAUAUUUGCUGAAGAAAAUGCUAAGAAUCGUAAUAAAAACCCUUGCCCCUGUGCACGUUGUGGGAAUUUUAAGAAGCAUUCUGUUGAAAUAAUUAGAGGUCAUUUAUAUGAAAAAGGAUUUAGUUUGGGGUAUGUUGAUUGGAUAUGGCACGGAGAAAAGUGUCCAACUAGAGAGUCAGCACCAAAGUCUUCUUUUGGUAGUAAUUCAGUCGAAAUUCCUACAUCCGAAAAUGUUGACAUAUGUGAAGCAGCGUAUGAGAGGAGUGAAUAUAUUGAUGAUUCGGGUGAGUUUAGUAGGUUUGUCGCUGAUGCAGAACAACCGUUAUACGAGGGUAGCGACAACAGCAAAUUAGAGUCGAUGUUGAAAUUACAUAAUUGGAAAUCUAGGUUUGGCAUAAGCGAUAGUGCCUUCACCGAUCUUCUUUCUUCUGUAGGGUCUUUACUGCCUAAAGACCAUGUGUUACCCGAGAAUGCGUAUGAAGCAAAAAAAACCCUAACUGAUUUAGGACUUGAGUAUAUUAAGUUUCACGCGUGUCUAAAUGAUUGUAUACUGUACAGGGGUUUAAAUAUUGAUGCGUCGGAGUGCCCCAAGUGCCAUCUGUCUCGUUGGAAGGUUGGAAAGGACGGUAAACCUAGGAUUAAUGUUCCAGCCAAUGUAAUGUGGUAUUUUCCGAUAAUUCCUCGAUUUAAACGGAUGUUUAAAUCUCCUGCCACAGCUGAAAUUAUGAGUUGGCAUUCGAACAAGCGAAUUCAAGAUGGCCAAAUGCGUCAUCCAGCCGACUCUCCUUCUUGGAGGAAUAUUGACUAUAGGUGGCCUGAAUUUGGUAGUGAGUCGAGAAACAUUCGCUUAGCAUUAGCUGCUGAUGAAAUAAACCCGCACAACAAUGGCCUUACCAAUAGGUACACUUGA